AUACUUUAACAGUUAGGCCGAAGUUGCUGGCAACCAAGAAUACGAAUGGUUGUUUCGUGAACAAAUGCAGCAAUAGUGAAAUAAAACAUUAGCGUUUUAUGUCCACAGUUGCUGUUUAGUUUAGAAACAUUUGUGUUGAUGGGAAAGCUGAUGCUGUGAAGGAUGAAACCUAAGCAUAGCACUUCCAGCAAACUAGGGAAACCAUUCCAAAUUCUUCACCCAGUUGCAAAGGUUGUACGCAAGAAAAAAUGUCAACAACAGCAACUUAAAAAAAGAGUACGAUUUAAUUUGAAUGUGAAAGUUUCAUCUUCUGAAAAUAAAUUAUAUGUCCAGCCCUUAAAGAUGUGUACUGAGGAUUUAACACUAGGAUGUAACUUUUAUUCAGAAGGGAAAAGUCAAAGUAGCACAGAGCUAUCAGCAAGGCCUUCAACUUCAAAUAGCCUUUUCAGAUCAAUAAGUUGUUGUCCAUUAAACCAAAAUUUGCAAUUUGAGCUAAAAGUUUCUAAUUUAAGAAAACUGAAUGGAGGCAUUGGCCUCGGGGACUGCUGCUUUUCAUUUCACUUUCCCAAAGUUCAGCCAAGAAAAGGAAUUUUAAAAUACUAUAAACAAGACGACAUGAUAGCAAAGAAAGAAUACAAUGAGAGAAGAUUGAUGGAGGAAUACAAUGAGGCAAAUGGCCUGAGUUUGGUCCCCUCCAGUGUGGAAGAAACAGAAGUACCUGUGUGUAAAAUGUGGGGCCAUCCAGGCAUUGUAGUCUCCUCCCAUAGGAUGUCAGCCAUGAGACAGGGCUCAUGUGAAGAUCUGGCCAAGUGGAUUAGAGCUCUUGAAAUCUCACCCACCCAGCUCAACUUACAGGCAUUGCUUCAGCAAAACCCAGCACUUGAGCUCUCCCAACACAGUCAGCCAGUUCAAAUGGAGGAAAUGUAUCCACUGGAUGCCUCAGUCAUAGCCAACAACUGUAACAAUAAUUCCAUUUGGUAUCCCAGUCAGCAAACAACCCAUACAAUACAAGCUCAAAGCAUUAGCAAUCAGGUUGACCACAACAACAAAAAUCAGGCUGACCACAACAGCAACAACCAGGCUGACCACAACAGCAACAAUCAGGCUGACCACAACAGCAACAAUCAGGCUGACCACAACAGCAACAAUCAGGCUGACCACAACAGCAACAAUCAGGCUGACCACAACAGCAACAAUCAGGCUGACCACAACAGCAACAAUCAGGCUGACCACAACAGCAACAAUCAAGCUGACCACAACAGCAACAAUCAGGCUGACCACAACAGCAACAAUCAGGCUGACCACAACAGCAACAACCAGGCUGACCACAACAGCAACAAUCAGGCUGACCACAACAGCAACAAUCAGGCUGACCACAACAGCAACAAUCAGGCUGACCACAACAGCAACAAUCAGGCUGACCACAACAGCAACAAUCAAGCUGACCACAACAGCAACAACCAGGCUGACCACAACAGCAACAAUCAGGCUGACCACAACAGCAACAAUCAGGCUGACCACAACAGCAACAAUCAGGCUGACCACAACAGCAACAAUCAGGCUGACCACAACAGCAACAAUCAGGCUGACUACAACAGCAACAAUCAAGCUGACCACAACAGCAACAACCAGGCUGACCACAACAGCAACAAUCAGGCUGACCACAACAGCAACAACCAGGCUGACCACAACAGCAACAAUCAAGCUGACCACAACAGCAACAACCAGGCUGACCACAACAGCAACAACCAGGCUGACCACAACAGCAACAAUCAGGCUGAUCAGAAUGUCACCAGCAAAUAUUUGCAGAAUGCCAGCAAAGAAUCCUGUGCAGCCAAGUCUGAAGAAAGAAGAAGCUGUAUAUUUAUAAACAAUGCAGUUGGGCAUCAAGUCAGCCUUUCACCUGACCAGUGUGAAAAAUCUUCAGCCAACCAGGCAGUAGUGAGCAGAGUCACGCCAUCUAAGUCUUCAGCAUGUGUCAGUCAGCUUGACUGUGCCAUCCCCCUCACAAGUCAUGAGUCCAGCUGCUCACAAGUUGUGCGUCCAGCUGUAACCCAGAUGGCUAGUGUUCUUCUACCCUGCCCUGUCCUCAACUGUGGCAAGGUUUUUUCCCACCAGGCCCUACUAGAUGACCAUCUGACCAGCCUGCAGCACUCGCCAUGCAGCCCAUUGGCUACUCUAGUCAAUGCAGCAGUCACUAGCAGGGGAGGCUACCUCUGUCCUUCAUGUGGUCAACUAUUUUUGGAUGAGAAAGCUUGCCUAGAGCACAUGCUGCAGCUGGGCCACUCAGCCCUUCUCUCCCCUGUCCACUACUCAGUCUUCACCUGCCCACAGUGUUUGUGCUUCUUCUCCAGCCUCAGCCACGCCCUCCAGCACAUGGACAAUUUAGCACACCAUAGUCCGGCCUUUGUUUUUAAAGAAAGCAGAGAGCAGUUCAACUCAGCAGCACCGAUCCCUGUCCCCUCCCGCUUGAUGCUGGAGCUGCUAGCCAGGUGCCAGCAGGUUCCAUUUGUUAUGUCCUGCCAGAACUGUGCUUGUGGCAUAGAAACAGCUGAGCAGCUCAACUCCCACCUGGCUGACAAACAUCUAGUGGUCUCCAAGUGCAGCAGGCUGGUGAGGGAUGUAUUCUCGGAGCUUCUGACAGACCAGGCGUGUGCUGAGUGCCACCAGUACAUCUAUCAGGGAGUACCAGCUUCAGGGCUGAGCAUUCAUCUGGACUGUCCUCUCCAAGGACCAGUACUGACUCUACCAGCCAGAAGUCUCAAGACUUUUAUCCUCCACUGUGGCAUCACUGGCAUCACCACUGCUUGUGAGACAAGCCACUCCAUGUUUCGUACCACUGGCUCUUCCUGUUCAGCCACUAACAUCCAACACACCUCAGGGGCUGCUACAGCUCUUUUUUCCUCUUACAUACCAGCAUCCUCCAAAUCCAGCUGCCCUCUCCCUUCUGCCUCCAUAAAAGUUGAGGGUGGGCCUCACUCUAGCCUAUCAAAACUAGUACAGUCUCAUGGCAACUCUUCUUCACGCCAAGUCAAACCUCCAGAGGGCCCCAUGUUGAGCAAUCCAGAGGGCCCCAUGUUGAGCAAUCCAGAGGGCCCCAUGUUGAGCAAUCCAGAGGGCCCCAUGUUGAGCAAUCCAGAGGGCCCCAUGUUGAGCAAUCCAGAGGGCCCCAUGUUGAGCAAUCCAGAGGGCCCCAUGUUGAGCAAUCCAGAGGGCCCCAUGUUGAGCAAUCCAGAGGGCCCCAUGUUGAGCAAUCCAGAGGGCCCCAUGUUGAGCAAUCCAGAGGGCCCCAUGCUGAGCAAUCCAGAGGGCCCCAUGUUGAGCAAUCCAGAGGGCCCCAUGUUGAGCAAUCCAGAGGGCCCAAGGAGCAUUGUGAAGGCUAGAUACCAGUGCUGUAUAUUUGACGGAGACUCUGACUCUAGCUUGGAUUCUGAUUUCAGUGAAAAUGUUUCAUUCAAAGCACAUGUCAAAUCAAGCAAACGCCCUGGUUUGUAUAGAGCUGGUCAGAAAGUCCCCCAUACCAACCAAGUGACCAAACGUAAACGAGGCAGUACCAACACUGGCUCUGGUCCAGUGCUAUCCAAAAGAGCUAAGCUUGAAAUAGUUCCGGUCAGCAAAGUCAUCAAGACUAGGUUGACCAAAGCUGACCCCGAAACUGUGACCUCUAGAUACAUGCUAGCUGACCCCAAAGCUAUGGAAUCUAGGUAUAUGCUAGCUGACCCCAAAGCUAUGGAAUCUAGGUAUAUGCUAGCUGACCCCAAAGCUAUGGAAUCUAGGUAUAUGCUAGCUGACCCCAAAGCUAUGGAGGCUACAUACAUGCUAGCUAACCUCACAGCUAUGGAAUCUAUGUAUAUGCUAGCUGACUCCAAAGCUAUGGAAUCUAUGUUUAUGCUAGCUGACCCCAAAGCUAUGGAAUCUAUGUAUAUGCUAGCUGACCCCAAAGCUAUGGAAUCUAGGUAUAUGCUAGCUGACCCCAAAGCUAUGGAAUCUAGGUAUAUGCUAGCUGACCCCAAAGCUAUGGAAUCUAGGUAUAUGCUAGCUGACCCCAAAGCUAUGGAAUCUAGGUAUAUGCUAGCUGACCCCAAAGCUAUGGAAUCUAGGUAUAUGCUAGCUGACCCCAAAGCUAUGGAAUCUAGGUAUAUGCUAGCUGACCCCAAAGCUAUGGAAUCUAGGUAUAUGCUAGCUGACCCCACAGCUAUGGAAUCUAGGUAUAUGCUAGCUGACCCCACAGCUAUGGAAUCUAGGUAUAUGCUAGCUGACCCCACAGCUAUGGAAUUUGGCCUGAAUUCAGACAAGACACUGUCCAACACCAGUGAUGAAAGCUGUCUACCAAAAGCUGAGAGAGCAAGCACUAAAAGUCUUCUCAUCUCAGUUGCCAGUCUACCUAAGUCUGCUUGUACUGGCCAGCGCAAGAUGUCACUGCGUAGAAAGUUGAUUGAGAAAAAAACCAGCAGGUAUUCAAAGGUUUAUGAGACCAGGUACAAGUGCUCCAGGUGUGUGACACCUGCUGUGUGGAGACCUCACAGACAGCAGACCCACUCCCCCCACCUGGCUUCAUCUCUCAUAGGAAGGCUGCAAAGACAGCCGCCCUUGCUCAUCACCCCCUCCCUGAACCUCCAUCUAACUCGUCCCCUCAAAAGAAAUGAAAGGACCACAGUGAAAAGAUAUACACACUACAAGUUGAUUUCUCCUGAGGUGAAGUACCUGGCCCAGAUGAGGUGCAUCAUAUUUGCUGAUCUAGAGAAUGUCAUGGUUUUCAACCAUUUGAUUGGCCCCCUACAGCCAGCCACAUACAUUUGGGGUUUCAUCUGUGCUAGACCCAAAACACCUUUUCAUCUAGAAAGUUAUUACCACAAGUUCCCUGUCUACAAUGAGCUGAAAGAGGCAAACUGUGUCCACAUCUCUACAGAGAUUGGCACUAGCAAAGAUGCAGCAGAUAUUGCCAUGACUUUAACUAUGGGCAAGCUUGAUGACAGACUUCCAACUCACAUCCCAUUCUUCAUUGUCUCAGAGGACAGAGGCUUUAGGGAGGUUGUCAACCAGCUCAAGCAGAGGGUUGUCAGGGUUGUCUCACACAGGAGGGGCAUCUUGCCCAUCAGAGACUUCCGUGUCUGACACUUUCAGAAUGUGACACUGUCAGAGUGACAUUGUCUGACGUGCUGUGACACUGACAGAAUAGACAUGUUACUGGGUCCAGUCUAAUGUAACUAUUGGACACAUACAAACAUGAGAGCAAGUCAAGCUGAUGUGUAGCUGGUUGGAUGACAUCCCAUAAUGUAACUAUUGGACACAUACAAACAUGAGAGAAAGUCAAGCUGGUUGAAUGACAUCCCAGAAAGUGGAGUUUUGAUAGACUUUUACUUGUCAUUUGUUUGAUAAAUCACUAAGUCCAUCCAGGUUUCUAUGGCUGUACUAGAGCCACCUCUGUGGUGGUCUACCUUCACUCAAUAAAUCUGUACAAACACCUG